CGCCUCCGAAUGUGUCAGUAAGGCAGUCCUAGAUAUCGUUCUCUCAUCCAAAUCAAGACAGCAGCCGAUCUGCAUCCUGUCUCUAUCGACAUUUCCAGCAUGAAGAUCUUCUCUUACGCAUCCUGGGGAGUCCCCCGAACUGGUUUCGACCCUUCGCACACGUUCGUCCGCUCACACUUCGUCUCGCCGCUCGUGCUCGCAUGCAUCCGCACACUACUCUGCAUCUACUGCUUUACAGCAAUUACUACCUGCUACACCUGGCUCGCCCACCGAACCGCUACCAUAUCGUUAAAAGACGUGAAUAUUGGUUCCUACACCAUUCAACAGUCCGACGCCGCAAUCGGACAGAGUUUCAGUUUCUUCACCUACCUGACCUUCUGGUCCCUCGGGUUUUACUUUCUGGUAUCCAGUAUUCAUACAUUCAUGUACGCCUUCCGACAACGUACAUGGCUACACAGCAGUUGGCCCAAGCCUCUACAAAUGGCACACAGUCUUUACUAUAGUAGCAUCACAUGUUUCCCGUUCCUCGUUACCAUCGUCUUUUGGGGAACCAUGAACUCCGGAUGGCCGACUGGACGCUUUGAGCAAUGGAUAAACAUCUCCGUGCAUGCUCUAAACUCCUUGUUUGCGAUCGUGGAGAUUGUUCUCCCUGCCACCCAACCACCGCCAUGGACACACCUCUCGGUCGUUCUAUUGGUCUUAUCAGCGUACCUUGGCCUCGCAUACAUUACUCGGGAGACGCAGGGCUUUUAUGUGUACGAGUGGAUGAAUCCUGCUCAUGGGAAUUGGAGCAUUGUGCUGCAUAUCAUAGGGUACGCGGGUGGCAUGGUCGCGUUGUUCGUAUUGGCAAGAUGUGCGAUUGUGGCGCGACAUUGGAUUGCGAAGAAGACGGAGGGUGCGAGAAGGGAGAAUGCGGAGAUGGAAGAGAAGGGUAUCAAAUUGGAUGAUCGGUCGGAUACAUGGUCGAGCGAGAUGGUCAUUUCAAAGCCGUCGCAGGCGCGCCGCUCUUCGAAUCAUUUUGUCUGAGACUAGUGAAAUUUGUCCGCAGAUACAAUAUAUCUCGUCAUCUUUGCCCAUCCAUAAACUCUAAUCAUCUUGAUUGAGCCAUGAUGAG